AUGGUGCAACAGAAGGUCGAGGAAGUCGAGCAGCUCGUCAACAGCUUGAAUGCGGCGACCAAAAAGUCUAAGAACGAGGGGAAACGAACCUUCUCCUGCAGAAAGUCCACCUUUCCUGUGGCCCUCACGAACAUCUCCGUCGACUCGUGGAAGUUCCUAGAUCACGAAUACAAACGCCAAGAUCUCCCCACCUACGCUCGAGGCCUGUUCACUACGCGAAGAAAAGAUGGAACCGCUGAAAUCGUGACCCGUGGAUACGACAAGUUCUUCAACGUGGACGAAGUGAACACGACACAAUGGCGCAAUAUCGAGACGCAGACACGGGGACCCUACGAGCUGAGUGUGAAGGAGAACGGAUGCAUCAUAUUCGUGUCGGGAUUGGAGGAUGGCACGCUGCUGGUUUGCAGUAAACAUUCGACCGGAAAGAGGGCAGACGCGGAUGUCAGCCAUGCUGAAGCCGGAGAACGCUGGGUUGAGACGCAUGUUCGUGCUGUGGGCAAGACUGCCAAAGAUCUCGCCCGGGAACUGCGCGAUAUGAACGCAACCGCCGUGGGAGAGCUCUGUGACGACACUUUCGAGGAACACGUUCUUGCCUACGACGAGUCCGCUGCGGGUAUCUAUCUCCAUGGUAUCAACUUCAACGUGCCAUACUUUGCGACGCUUCCGGGCUUAGAGGUACACAAGUUUGCCGACAAAUGGGGUUUCAAGAAGGCGAAUUUCGUUCAGUUUGAAGAUCUUCAGUCAGCCAAAGGAUUUCUUGACAACUGUGCUGAAACCGGAACAUGGGACGGUCGGGAGACCGAGGGAUUCGUGAUUCGAUGCCAGAAGAUUGAACCAGGUUCCGGGGUUUAUGGGGAUUGGUUUUUCAAGUACAAGUUUGAAGAACCCUACCUCAUGUAUAGACAGUGGCGUGAAUGUACCAAGUCGGUCAUCGCUGGAAAAGUCCCCAGAAUUAAGAAGCACAAGAAGAUUACCGAGGAAUAUUUGCAGUACGCCCGGAGACAGCUGGUCAAGGAUCCCAAACUGGCAAAGCUCUACAACCAGAACCAUGGUAUCAUUUCUAUGCGCGACGGCUUCCUCCGGGAGCGUGGUUUGAACGGAUCUGAGAUCAUCGCCAUGGAAACCGAGACUGAAGGUCAAGAUGUGGAACACAGUGUGGUCCUGGUACCCGUGGCCUCUCUCGGUUGCGGCAAAACAACUGUCGCCGUUGCCCUGACCAAGCUAUUCCAAUGGGGCCACGUACAAAAUGACAACAUCGCCCAGAUGAAGAACAAGAAGAAGAAGUUUGUGAUUGAUAUCACGAAUGCCCUUGCCGUGUGCCCGGCCGUUAUUGCAGACCGCAACAACCACAUGAAGCGCGAGCGGGAACAGAUCAUUCAGGAUAUCCAGGAAAUCGUCCCGAAUGCCCGGUUUGUCGCGAUGCAGUACGUCCACGAACCCAAGGACCAAAUGUUGGACGGCAUCCGGGAAGUGACUCGACGACGUGUGCUAGACCGAGGUGAUAACCAUCAGACGAUCCGGGCCGGUAGUAAGAGCACGGACGAGAUUAUCGGUAUCAUGGAAGGAUUUCUGGGCCGGUUCCAAGGUGUUGAUACGGAGCGGGCACCGGAUGACAAUUUCGACGAGGUUAUCAACCUGGACGUUUCUGCUUCAUCCCGGGAGAAUCUGGAAAAGGUUGUCAACGCUUUGCACUCUGUCUACCCGAGCCUGGUACCUCAGGUGCCUUCAGCACAGGAACUGGAUCAGGCGAUCGAUUCGGCCAUGCACGACUACCAAGUUGAACAAGAUCUCAGCUUCUCCUAUGGCAAACAGAAACAAAAGCAAGAAACAAACAGGGACAACAACAACCAGCAGAAGCCAGCUGCAGGAUUACCCUCUCCCGUUGCCAUCGCCAAAAAGAUUGAAUACUUCAACAUCUCCCUCCCCGCAAAAGAAGUCUCCAACCUCCUCCACUCCCUCUUUCCGCCAUCCACCCCGCCCGAAAAAGCCCGUCUGUAUCACCAACUAGUGAACUCCCGGCGCGUGCAGGCCACCUUCCAUGUGACGCUCAUCCACCGUGCCUCUAAGAAGGACCACCCACAGCUCUGGGACCGCUACUUCAAAACCUACAUCAACAAGUUACACGAGAAACAUAACGAGAACCCCGCCGAUACCUCUGAAACAUCCCCCUUGGGAUCCGCGCGCAUCCGGCUCGAGCGCCUCAUCUGGGAUUCCCGGCUCAUGACCUUUGUCGCCCGCAUCCUACCCUCGGAAGACAGCACCGCCAACAACAGUGGCGCUGACAACAACGGUGAUGGCAGUGGCAGUGAUGAUGGAUUCUGGCCAUGCGCGAACGCCCUCCCGCACGUUACUGUCGGUACCGUGUCGCCUAAUAUCAAGCCCAAGGAGAGUAAUGACUUGCUGGCGAAGUGGUUACAGGUCGGCUCCGGGGGUGAGACGGGAAUUUGGGAGGCCGAGCUUCCGGGUAUCAAGGUUGUGCAGGGGACGGUGGGGGUUGUUAUGAGUCGGAAGUAA